AUGGCUCGGGUUGUUUAUCGCUACACCUUCCUGGACGUGCUCUUGGAGGACGAGGAACGUGCCAGGGAUACCCGCGCCGGCCGCGCACGCAGCGAGCCCCCACUCCUGGGACGGGCGCCGUGCCGGAGCACGGAGGAGGAUGCAGAGUUGCACCGCUACGUGCGCUCGUUACCAGGGCUGGGCGAAGGGCAGGAGCCACAAGCACAGCAGCCAAAGGCCACAGGUCCGGGUGCCCCCGCGCUCAGUGCUGGAAGUGUGGGCCACCCGACGCUCUGCCAGCGACCCUGUGUGCACAUUGCUGCCGGAAGAUGGUGCGACGCUGGUACCAGCUGUGAUUUCUGCCACUGGCGACACAGCCAUAUCACCAAGCUGGACAAACAGCAGCGACGCAUGAUCGAAGAGAUGCCAAAACACGACUUCCUGCGCUUGACAGUACAGCUCCUCAAGGACAAAGCCCGUGAUGCUGGGAUUCGUGGUGCUGAGGCCAUCUUCAAUGUGCUGGAAGCGGAGUUGAAAUCCGAAGAGCCGAAUCCAACGGGCUGUUCAUCCGGGGGAGGUGCCCCACCACGCCGCCUGGUGCGCUGCCUGCGCCCCGCUAGCUUCGCUGCCAUUGCGAGCUUGGCCGCGCGAAAGUGCACGGAGGGGGGCAAGAUCCAGGUGCGUGAAUCCAUGGAGGCACUGCGUCGUGCCAGCUGCUGA